AUGGCUGAAGUCAUUAUCAUCGCCAUUGUCUUGUCAAGGUACUUCACUAGCUUCUACUCGAAGCCUACCCACAGGAGAUCUUCCUUGAUCCACCUCUUUGGCGGCCAAGCAAAAGCUCAAAAGAGACGAAUAGCUUCAUUUGGCGCUUUAUUACCGGGACUUGGAGUUCGAAGAUUUCAAAUCAUCGAAGAGGUUAUGGAUUGA